AUGUCUUACCCUGCGGGAACCGUUACUAGUGUUCACGAGCAUUUAAUCAACUUGCUACCUUACGAGGAGGCCGACGGGUGGGCUGAGCUGGCGGCGGAAACGGGGGACUCGGCGCAGGCGGAAGGGGGGAGCGACGGCGGGGGAAAAAGCGCGUGGGAGGAAAAAGCUCGCGCGGUGGGCGGAAGCGCGAAGGAGCGGCAGCUGGCGCGGCUGCUGCCGGUGCUGUUCCUGGUGUCGUCGUCUCUCAUGCCCACUGCGCGCCGAUACCCGCUGCUGCUGCGCGAUCGACGGUUGCUACACCACGUGCGCAUCGGGCUCUUCGGAGUGGAUCUCGCCGCGCUCUCCAUCCCCCUGGACGCCACGUCAGCGUAUUCCACGUCAGCAGCUGCGCGUCCGCACCUGUUCUUUGCGAAGAAGCUCUACCUCCCGCUCCACCCGGACUCUCUCUGCGGAUUCGCCGCCUCCCCCCGCCCCCGCUCCCCCGACCCCCUCUGGCGCACCCUCCGCGCGCACCACCUCCUCCCCCCAAACGGCUUGCCGAUCCUCAACCCGAACUGGGUGCCUCGGCUGCCGAACCAGCAUCUGAACCAGCAGGCUCGGGCGCACAUGGUGGUUGGGGAGGCUUUGCGUCGGGAUUGGGUGGUGGUGGUGUCGCUGGUUUGGAGUGUGCAUGGGGGGAGGGAGGGGCAGGGGGUGGCUGGGGGGGAGGAUAUCGGAUUGGGGGAGGGGGAGCUAGCGGAAGGAGGAGCAGGCGGAGGGGAGGGCGCGGAAGGUGACAAUAAGGAGGCGGCUGACGCGAUGAACCGUGUGAUUGUAAUGAUGCGGGAGCUCUUCGGCGAGGCGCGCGUGGUGGUAUACGACGAGCACGUGCCGCUACUGCAAGCCAAGGAGCUCUUUUCCCGCGCGAUUCUGUUCGUCGGCCCGACGUCGCCCGCGCUGUCGAAUCUCAUCUUCAUGCCCUUCAACUCCACGCUCAUCGAAGUCCUCCCUCGCACCGUCGCCAUGGCAGCCGCGUCCAUCCCUGUUGUCGGCCAACAGCGGGCUGCCACGUGGCACUUCCACCUCGCGUCCCGCCUCGGGAUCCAUCAUUUUCUCUCUGCCUGUGAUCCGACUAAGGUGAACUGGCAUUCUCAGGAGCACUGCCACGUGGACGAGGUGUACGGUACAGUCACCGCGAUGAUCCGUAACAACCCUACACUCCACGCGUUCACCGGGUUACCAUCCGUCUCCUUUCCACCGGACGAGCCUGCCAGCUUCGGCGACUUCCGAAGCAGGAUCCCAGGCUCGAGGCUCAAGCCCGGAACAGGCGAAGCGGCAGCGUUCAAGCAGUGGAUGAGCUGCGUGGCGGAGCGCGGCGAGUGGCGGUACAACGCGACGCCGAGGGUUCUACCGUGGGAGGAGAAACAGGUGCAGAGCUGCGACUCCCGACACAUGAAGCAGGGCGGAGUGGCAGGAGUCCACGCGGACAAAAUCGCAAACUCGGGAUGGGAUCCCGCUGCUGCUGCUGCGGCGUGGAAGGUUCGAGAGAGUCUGAAGUACCAGUGGGUGGUGCCUCGGGAAAAGUGUGCUGGAGUUGUCGGGGGCAGGCAGGCGGUGGUGGGGAGGGAGGGCGUGCAGGGGGAGAUUUUCUCGAGGUUCGACGGGCGUGCGCUUUGCGAGCUGGCCGCGCGGAGGAAGGAUGGGCUGCGGAUUGCUUUUAUCGGGGAUUCGCUGACCCGCGAGCAUCACUAUUCGUUUAUGAAUAACAUCAUUAAGCACAUCCCCAAGCCUGCGGUGGGGACCAUAGUGAAGCGGAAAUGCCUGGAGUGGAUCGAUGACACAGUUACAGUUACAUGCGCUGGUUACCGCAUUGAGGGGUGCCCAAAACUGGAGAUACACUACGUGGCUACAACUCGGCUGAUGCGUGUACAGGAAGAGAAGCUAGAACGAGCGGCAUGGCUCCACGUGCCGUGGCAGCAAGUCCCUGGAAUCAGAAAUUCCCAUGUGCUUAUAAUGAACCGGGGUGCGCACUACAAGCCAGCAGUGAAGGUGGUGAAGGCAGUCAGGCGAAUCUUCAGAUUCCUUCGCCAUAAUCACCCUGACAAACUCCUUAUCUACCGUACAACACCUCCCGGUCACCUCAACUGCCUGAACCACACCCGGCCAAUCACAGAGCGGCAGGAUGGCACAGCGUUACCGUUCAGAUGGGGAGAGUUCAAGCAGCAGAACGAGAUGGUGAGAGAGAUAGUGGAGGAUGCGGGAGGGUUGUUCAUGGAUGUGGAUCCGAUGAUGGCUUUAAGACCGGAUGGGCAUAGAGGGGUGGUGGCUAAGGAUAAGGUGGACUGCCUGCACUACUGCCUGCCAGGCCCGGAAGACACGUGGUCUGAGUUCCUGUACAACAUCAUCCAGAGGCUCGUGCCUGUCCAGUGUCUUUUAAUGGGCUUCAGAAUAAACAGCGCAUCUGGAAAUGUGCAGCCAAUAUCAACUUCUCCUGUUGCCACGUGGCGUGGUGGUGGUGGGUCCCACCUGGCGAAGUUUCCGCACACCUUCCUUCCGCCGCCAGCGGUUCCCCCAUCCACGGAGUUCGCGUUCGUUCCGCGCUUCACUGCCCUCCGCGGAGAAUGGCCCUCCCCCUCCCCGCCGCCCGCCACUCCGCCUUCCGCGCAUGCAGUAGCGCGGAGGGGGAAGGAGGGCGGGGGAAGCAGAAGGCGGAGCUGGGGGAAGGGUAGGCUAGCAGGGGGAGAAGGAGCUGCGGCAGGGACGGCAAGAGGGGAGGGUGGGGAGGCUUUAGAUGCAGAUGAAGAGGCUUAUAUGGAGGAUGGAGCGUGGGACAAAGGCAGGAGAGAGGAUGAUGCAGAGACGGGCGUGAACACGGAUUCAGGCCGACAUGGAACGCGCAUGUUAGUGGUGCAGCCGCGCCCCCAUCCGCGCUGGCUGCUGCGCGCCAAGCUGGGAGAGGCUCUGCGAUUGGUGGACUCGCUCACAGGCACGGACAGCCAAUGGGAGGUGGAGCAGCGCUCGUGGGGGGGCGCAGGGGCAGGGGAGGACGCACAGGCAGCGUGGCGAGGGGGCCAGGAACCACAGCAGGGGCGGGGAGGAGCGCGAGAGUGGCAGGGGGGAGGGGAGCAGUGGCGGCAAGGGGAAGAUCCCGAGGCUGAGUGGAGAAGGCGGAGUGAGGGGAGAGGGAUGCGUGGGGAUGGGGUGGAGGGAAGAGGGCGGAGUGGUGAUGGGGUGGAGGGAAGAGGGCGGAGUGGUGAUGAGGUGGAGGGUUUCGGAUUCCCGCUGCCGGGAGGGGGGCAUCCAUGGGUGGUGGUGCACAGCAGAGGGCGGGGGAUACACGCAGGGUCGUUCUUUGGCAGUGGCACCAUAGAGAGCAUUGCCGCUCAUGUGCAUGCUUCACACACCAUGGGCGUACCAGUGGAGGCAGUAUUCGUAAAUGCUGCUCUCUCAGGCGUACAGCAACGGAAUCUGGAGGCUGCGUGGGGCCUUUCGGUGGUGGACAGGGUGGGGCUGAUCAUUGAGAUCCUUGGAGCUCGUGCAAACAGCGGACCCUUCACCUCGAUUCUCCCCCUUGCGCCCCUCUUCCUGCCCCCUCUUUCACCACCUGCUCCCCUUAAGGCCGCAUGGGGUCUGCCGGUGGUGGACCGGGCUGCGUGGGGCCUGCCGGUGGUGGACCGGGUGGGGCUGAUCAUUGAGAUCUUUGGAGCUCGUGCAAACACACGAGAGGCCAAGCUGCAGGUCGAGAUGGCAGGUUUGGAGUACCAGCGCAGCCGGCUGGUUCGGCAGCGAGGCUCGGGGGGCUGCAGGCUUGGGUUUGGUUCGGGAGGGGAGCAGCAGGUGGUGAGUGCGCGAGGGAGGGCAGCAGGCGGGCGGGGCUUUUUGGCUGGAGCAGGGGAGAGCGAGCUGCAGCUGCAGAGGCGACGAAUAGCGGAGAAGCAGCACAAGCUGAGGCAGCAGAUAGCGCAAGUGAGGAGGACACGUGGCCUGCACCGAUUGGCCCGCAGACGAGCCUGCUGGGAGGGCGGAGGGAAGGGGCGAGGGCUGCCGGUGGUGGCGGUGGUGGGCUAUACGAACGCAGGCAAGUCAACGUUGGUGACAGCACUUUCACAGUCGCCCCAAUACAUUGAUGAUCGGCGCAGGGUGCUUCUGAGUGACACAGUGGGGUUUAUCUCCGACCUGCCCCAUCAGCUGGUGGAGGCGUUUCAUGCGACGCUGGAGGAGGUGGUCGAGGCCGACCUGCUGCUGCAUGUGGUGGACGCGUCAGCACCAGACAUGCAUCAGCAGCGGCAGGCGGUGUUGCAAGUGCUGACACAGAUGGGGGUGCCUGUGGAUCCAGGCAUGGCCGCUGACCUGGAAAGAGGGGAGGUUCUUUACUCAUCCACACAUCAUCGAAGCUUGGAACAAGGUGGACCUCCUCCCUCCCUCGCACCCCCUGCUCUCCGGCUCGUCCAUUCUAGAGUCACAUCUGCAUAA